AUCGUCAUCGUGAAGGCUCCAUCACCCAUCUCCCGUCUCCUCGAUGCACACGACAUCUCGACAGCUGGGCCUGUGGUCCAAGAUCAUCUCCAAGAUCCCCUUCAGCAGCCGCCGCCCACUGGGCCGCGACCUCGCCGGCAACAGAUACUACGAGCUCCCCAAUCCCGCCGGCGGGCGGAGCAAGCGGGUAGUGGAAUACGCCGACUCGCCGACCUCGUACGCCUACUCCUCGCCCGACGACUAUCGGCGGGGCACCGCCCAGCUCCCGGUGCAAUGGACGGCAUGGAUGAGCCACACGCGCGCCGACCCGCCGUCCAUGGCCGAGCUCGAAGCCGAUGCGCGCCGGCAAGCCGCGCUGCGCGCGCGCGUACUCGAGAUCGAGGCGCGCGAACGCGCCGAACGCAUCCAGCAGGGAUACCUCCUGCCAGACGGCAGCGAGGCCGGCGAGCGCAAAGUGCCGCUGGCGCUCGGAGGCGCUAUGGAAGAGGAGGGGACGUUCGCGAGCGCAGGCGGCACGCCGCAUGCCAGUGCCAAGUUCGCGUAUCCGCCCGCGCCGCGCGAGAAGUUGCCGCCGAAGGGCAGCGCGCCCGUCGCGGUCGACUUGGCUGCGGGGGCGCAGGCAGCGGGGGCCGGGCAGGCCGGGCGGGCGCACGCGGAACUCGCCGGGCGCGCGGAGGCCGCUGCGGCUCGAGCGAGCCUUGCAGCGCCUGAGACUCGGGAAGAGACGCCAUUGGAUGCCGAGAAGCGCGAGCCCAUCGUCCCGCCGCGCGCCAAAGUCGAUGCGCUCAGCACGGAUCCCGAGACGCUGCGCAAGCUCGCGGAGGAGGACACGCGGCGGCGGCUGCGCGAGAGCGGCGUGAGCGAGGAGGGCGUGGGCGAGGCGGGGGUGACGGGCGUCGGGAGGGCGUUUAGGCCGCGCAAGCGGGGGGCGUAG